UCAGAAACUGAAAUUCUUUUAGGCCGCAAAGCAUAAUCUUAUCCCAUAUAUCUUCAUAUAUCAUUGUGACCACAUAUUCUUCUUAACUCACCAUGUUUCAAAAAUAUAAAGGAAGAUUAUUUUCAAAGUAAAGAUGAAAAUAACUGAAGCAAAAAACUAACUUCAACUGUAUGUAUAGCAAGGAGUAGUUGAUCUCUUAGCUUUAGUUGCAGUCAUGGCCACCCACGCAGCCCUUGCUCCUUCAAGAAUCCCAGCUAGCACAAGACUCCCCUCCAAAAGCGCUCACUCUUUCCCAACUCAAUGCUCCUCCAAGAGGCUAGAAGUUGCUGAGUUUUCUGGGCUUCGAGCCAGUUCUUGCAUGACCUAUGCCAAGAAUGCUAGUGAGGCAUCCUUCUUCGAUUUGGUGGCUGCUCAAAUGGCUCCCAAGGUUGCAACCUCAACUCCUACUAGAGCAGAAACAGUGGCCAAACUGAAGGUGGCAAUCAAUGGAUUUGGACGCAUUGGCAGGAACUUCCUCAGAUGCUGGCAUGGCCGGAAAGACUCUCCCCUUGACGUGAUCGUCGUCAAUGACAGCGGCGGUGUCAAGAAUGCUUCUCACUUGCUGAAGUAUGACUCCAUGCUUGGGACUUUCAAAGCAGAUGUGAAAAUUGUGGAUAAUACCACCAUCAGUGUUGAUGGAAAACCCAUCAAGGUUGUCUCCAACAGAGACCCUCUUAAGCUUCCUUGGGCUGAGCUUGGAAUUGACAUUGUCAUAGAGGGAACUGGAGUGUUUGUUGAUGGCCCUGGUGCUGGGAAACAUAUUCAAGCUGGUGCCAAGAAAGUCAUCAUUACUGCUCCAGCCAAAGGUGCUGACAUUCCAACAUAUGUUGUUGGUGUUAAUGAAAAGGAUUAUAGCCACGAGGUUGCCAACAUUGUAAGCAAUGCUUCUUGCACCACAAAUUGUCUGGCUCCUUUUGUGAAGGUCAUGGAUGAGGAAUUUGGUAUUGUUAAGGGAACAAUGACAACCACUCAUUCCUACACUGGAGAUCAGAGGCUCUUGGAUGCUUCACACCGUGACUUGAGGAGAGCUAGAGCUGCGGCACUGAACAUAGUGCCGACAAGCACUGGUGCAGCCAAGGCAGUGUCUCUGGUGCUGCCCCAACUCAAGGGAAAGCUGAAUGGCAUUGCACUCCGUGUCCCAACACCAAAUGUCUCAGUUGUUGACCUUGUUGUGAAUGUUGAGAAGAAGGGCCUUACAGCAGAAGAUGUCAAUGCAGCCUUCAGAAAGGCAGCAGAGGGGCCACUGAAGGGCAUAUUGGAUGUGUGCGAUGUUCCUCUUGUGUCAGUUGACUUCCGAUGCAGUGAUGUUUCUUCCACCAUUGACUCUUCAUUGACCAUGGUCAUGGGAGAUGACAUGGUCAAGGUUGUCGCCUGGUACGACAAUGAAUGGGGUUACAGCCAAAGGGUGGUUGACUUGGCACAUUUGGUAGCCGCCAAGUGGCCAGGUGCGUCUGCAGCAGGAAGUGGUGAUGCACUGGAGGACUUCUGCGAGACGAACCCAGCCGAUAAGGAGUGCAAAGUUUUUGAAUCUUAAAUCAUGAUUACAAUUCUUUUCUUUUCUUUUUCUUUGCCAAUCUUUUAUUGGGGACUAAGAUUUUCUAAAGCUUGUAAUAAUUCAAAUCAAAUACUAAUGUUAAUGCAGUCAUUGCAGGGUGCAAUUCAAACA